AUGAAAAGUCAAGCUAGUGGUUCACGCGGCGGCUCGCAGCCGUCAGCUCAGCCAAUAAGAGCCGGCCGAGGACGAGGCAGCGACGGAGCUCGUCCUCCGGCGAUGCCUCCUUCAACGCACGUGGCCGGCCCUAGCUCCUCUUCCUUUUCUCGGACGAGCCGACUCGGCUCCGAGCUUGAUCAACGGCUCACUCUCCAAGCUCAAGAGCCGCAAGUAGCUCCCGCUCCCGCUCCUAAACCACAGACAGCGGCCUCUUCGAAAGCGUUGAAAGUGAAAUUUGCUCCGAGGCCCGGUUACGGUACAUUUGGCGCUCGCUGUGUCAUCAGAGCUAACCAUUUCCUGGUUGAGCUCGAAGACAGAGAUCUCUACCACUACGAUGUUUCAAUAACACCUGAGGUCACGUCAAGAGGAGUUAACAGGGCUGUGAUGAAAGAACUGCUGAAUGUAAAUGGGAAGACACACUUUAAUGAUCGCAAGCCUGCAUAUGAUGGCAGGAAGGGGUUUUACACUGCUGGAGCUUUACCUUUUACCUCAAAAGAUUUCGUGGUCAAAUUGAUUGACAAAGAUGGAACAGGAGCUACAAGGAGGAAGGAUAGGGAAUUCAAAGUCAGCGUGAAGCUGGCUUCUAAAACUGUUAUUAAUCACUUGCGGCAGUUUCUACAAUGUAAGCUGGAAGAGGCACCGCAUGAAACUAUACAAGUCCUUGAUGUGGUUCUUAGGGAAACUCCUUCCAAAACUUGUACUGUUGUUGGGAGGUCAUUUUUCUCUUCUAAGUUGGGCCAGAAAAGUGAGAUUGGUUUUGGUGUUGAAUGCUGGAAGGGAUUUUAUCAGAGCCUUCGCCCUACCCAGAUGGGAAUGUCCUUGAACAUGGAUGUGUCAGCCACAUCUUUUUAUGAAUCUAUUCCUGUCAUCAACUUUGUGGUUAAAUAUCUCAAUCUUGGAGAUCCAAUUAGAGCAGCCUCAAGGACUUUCUCGGACAGUGAUCGUAUCAAGUUGAAAAAAGUUUUGAGAGGAGUUAAAGUAGAUGUUCUUCAUGGAGAAGCAAAGCGUUACAAAAUUACAGGCAUCACAUCUGUACCAACGAACAAGUUGACAUUUGCUUCUGGGGAUAAGAAACAGGAGUUCGUUGUGCAUUAUUUCCAAGAGAAAUACAAUAUCUCACUUCGCUAUGCUUCCUGGCCAUCACUUCAGUCUGGAAAUGAUUCAAAGCCGAUUUUUCUGCCUAUGGAGCUGUGUAAGAUUGUUGAAGGGCAGAGAUACUCAAAAAAGUUAAAUGAGAGACAGAUCACAGCCCUGUUAAGAGAGGCCUGUAAGCGCCCUAGAGAGACGGAGGAGAGAAUUCGGAAGAUUGCUAGUUUUAAUGACGCUGAAAGUGAUAAGUUAGCUAAAGAAUUCGAAGUUGAUUUGAAGAAAGAAUUUGGAGUUGAUGUGAAAAAAGAAUUGGUAACCAUAUAUGCCCGAGUGCUUCCACCACCUGUGCUCAAGUACAAUGAUUCUGGAAAAGAUAGGACAAUCAGGCCACAUAUUGGGCGGUGGAACAUGAUCAAUGCGAAAAUGUACAACGGUGCUGCAGUGAAGUUCUGGACAUGUUUGAAUUUCUCGAGUUUGAAUACACAAGUAGCUUCAAGCUUCUGUCGGGAUUUAAUUGGCAUGUGCCGCAGCAAGGGGAUGGAUGUGAAUCCUUGUCCUAUACUUCCGAUCUGGUCCAGUUCUCCCUAUCAGAUAGAGAAUGCACUAUCUGCUGUUCACAGAGCUUGCUGUGAUGAACAGAAACCUCUUGAGCUGUUGAUUAUCAUCCUCCCUGAUUUCACUGGAACUUAUGGUAGAAUUAAAAGAGUUUGUGAAACAGAGCUUGAUAUAGUUUCUCAGUGCUGUCAACCCAAGCAAGCUAGGAAGUGUAACCCACAGUACCUUGAAAAUGUGGCCUUGAAGAUUAAUGUGAAGUCUGGGGGGCGAAAUACCGUGUUAGAGGAUGCCAUCCAAAGGCGAAUUCCUCUUCUGUCCGACAUUCCCACGAUAAUCUUUGGUGCUGAUGUAACCCAUCCACAACCAGGAGAGGAUUCUAGCCCUUCAAUAGCAGCGGUUGUGGCAUCAAUGGACUGGCCAGCAGUCACCACCUAUAGAGGCCUUGUUUCUGCCCAGAACCAUAGAGAGGAAAUCAUUCAAGAUCUCUAUAAAAUUGAACAGGAUCCUAAAAAAGGAUCAGUUCAUUCUGGGAUGAUUAGGGAACUGCUGUUUGCAUUCAAGAGAUCCACAAAUCACAAGCCAGGAAGGAUUAUCUUCUACAGAGAUGGUGUCAGUGAGGGUCAAUUCAGUCAAGUGCUGCUCUGUGAGAUUGAUGCUAUUCGAAAGGCAUGCCAAUCUAUAGAAGAAUCGUACCUACCGCCAAUUACCUUCAUCAUAGUGCAGAAGAGACAUCAUACUCGCUUCUUCCCAACAAAUUCUGCCCAAACAGACAAGAGUGGCAACGUCCUACCUGGAACUGUGGUCGAUAGGAUGAUAUGUCACCCAUCCGAGCAUGAUUUCUACCUCUGCAGCCAUGCUGGAAUUCAGGGAACAAGUCGGCCUGUCCAUUACCACGUUCUCUAUGAUGAAAACAGAUUUAAUGCUGACACCUUGCAGAUGCUCACCAACAGCCUUUGUUAUACCUAUGCAAGGUGCACAAGGUCUGUCUCAGUUGCUCCUCCCGCGUACUAUGCGCACUUGGCUGCAUUCAGAGCAAGAUACUACAUUGAGGGAGAAGGCGGUGGGGGAUCUGACAAUGGAUCCGGCAAAGGAUCUGGUGUCCGGAAGGAAGCUGCUCCUGUUCGGCCUCUUCCUCCUAUCUGCCCCAACGUCAAGAAUGUUAUGUUCUAUUGUUGA